AUGGCAGAGAUGGCUCGGGAAGAGCUGCGUGAACGCCGAGAGGAGGUGGAGAUGGCGAUCUCCGAUGCGGCAAAGUUCACUGCGUGCCAGUCGGUUGAAUCUCGUCUCGUAGGGCCGCGAUCGCAGAUUCGCAUUCAGAUGAGAGCGUAUCCCCGAGGGACCGCAAUUGAAUCGCAGCAUCUAGGCUUGUUUGCUGUGCUUCAUGCUCCGAAAGGAACCACCCGGCAAUCCUGGAAACUUCGCUGUGUUUUCACUGUCCUCAAUGUUCACCCGGAGAAGCAUCUGAAAAAAAUGGUCCACGGCAAUUUCGAAAGUGGAAAGGCUUGUGGGGUCAAGGAUAUGUUGUUGCUUCCCCAGCUCUUUUCGCCUGAGGCAGGCUGGAGUCAGCCAGCCGGGGAGAUUUUGGUGCAGUUGCAGGUCUGCUUUCCCUUUGAGCCAGAACCAGCGUGCCCUGCGUUUUGCCGAGAGCUGGAUUUGUCUAAAGAGCUCUGUCAGGUCGCGUUCAUUUUGGCUGAUGGAUCUCGAAUCUACUUUGACAGACGCCUGCUGGUUGCAAGGUCGGAGUAUUUCGGUGAGAUGCUCGGGAACGACAGCUGGAAGGAAGGUCGCACCAACGAGAAUUACCUGCGCAGCAACCCCGAUGCAAACUCUCGAACUAUGUCAGCCGUGCUGCGCUUCCUGGUGGGGGGCUCCUUCUGCUUGCGGGAUGGUGUGGCCCAAGCUUUCGCAGUGCGCCGCCUGGCGGACCAGUACCGUCUCAAAGAUCUCGUGAGCAUGGUCGAUUCGGCCCUGGAGAGAGUGCUGUCCGAAGGCAAUGUGCUCACUUUCUUGGCGCAGACGCUCGGAAGCGGGGGAAGCUUGGAAGCGGAAUGCCUGGAUAUGUUGCAGGACAACGAGUGCGAGCUUCUGGAGCGACAGAAGCCGAAGAUCAAGCAGAUCAUCAAAGAGAACCCGCAGCUGGCCGAGACGAUGAUGGAGCUCCUGAUGGGCACAGCGCGCGAGCUGCGCGGGCAGAAGCGCAAGUUGGAGAGCCCCAGGGUUUAG